AUGAUUCGAGCCCGGAAAGACAGUGCUGUUGAGGCUAUUCCGCCACCACUGUACACGGAAUCCGAGCCGGCUAUCGAAGUGCACGAAUCCCCCGAAAAGAUUACCACAGAAUCCCAGAAGUCUAAAUCGUAUUUUGGUGAGAUGGAAGUAUCCCAGCGAACAAGACCCUUGGCUGAGACCGGAGAUGCGGGGAGUGAAUUCGCUGAUGAGGAGUUUGAGGACGAGACAAUUAUCGAGCGUCUAGUUGGUUUAACUGAGAUGUUUCCAAAACCUCUCCGGGAUGGCGUGUAUUCCUUGAGCUGUCUUGCCGUUUCCGGGAUACACUCAGCAUUCAAUCUAUCGAAAAGUGUUUCAUGGUUCUUCGCCACCACCGCGACCGUUUGCUUCCUUCCUUUAUUCCUCGAGCUUGAACGUGUGCAAACGGAAGAGCAAGAGGCAGCCCACCAACGAACAAUUAUGCUUGGACCGCGCGCGGCGGCUGGGGGUUCAAGUUUAGCUGGUUUCUCUGCAGUCCCUCACAUAGCGCCGUUGGAAUCAAAAUGAUCAUCCUCAUGGUGUGAAUGAUAAUUGCACCUCCAUUUGUAAACUUCAGGUCAUUAUUUGAAGUUUGUUUAGUAGCCGGCUUGUUUUCAUCAAACGGGACUUGGACUCAAAUAAACCUGUUCCACGGAGC